ACACGACUCUCUUAAUUUUCCUUCCCCAGUAUUUGUUCUCUCUCCCUCCAAACUCGCGUGGAUCUCUACACAAUUUAUUUCCCACGCGCAUUCUCUCACCAGAUCGCCGCAUCGUUCCAUUUUCUGCAUCGGUAAAUGAUCCUAAAUUCCCAACAGUAGAAAGAUCUAGGGUUCCUGCUCAAGCCGCAGCUACCUCAACCACAUUUCUUCCAUUCUGAUUCAAAUUCAGCUCGCUCUACUUCCUUUUCUUCUCCGCGCGGUUCGCUUCGUGAAUGAGAGUUACGCUUACGCUUUUGUUUUAGAUGAGCAUGGAGGUCGUUAACGAUGUGGCGUCGUUGGAGGUCGAUUUGUUGCAGCUCCCUGAGGUCUCCGCUCUCGCUCUCAAGUCUAACCUCAGCUUCGUCGAGACGCUCUUCGAGCAGUGGCUUUCGCUUCCCGAAAGCAAUCGAUUGGUAACAUCAUUGAUAAAUGAAGCAAAGUCAGGUGCUCCCUUGAAUGUCCCAGGGAAUUGCUCUAGUCCAAAUGCUGCAAGCAAUUCUUUGCCCUCCAUGUUUCCUGCUGGCACUGCCCCGCCUCUUUCACCGAGAAGUACAUCUGGCUCCCCUCGCAUAGUGAAACAGAGAGUUGGCCCUUCUAAUUUGGGCUCUCCUUUGAAGGUUGUCAGUGAGCCAGUUAAAGAAUUGAUACCUCAGUUCUACUUUCAAUUUGGACGUCCUCCUCCAAAUGAUCUCAAAGAAAAAUGCGUAAUUAGAAUUGACCAUUUAUUCCAUGAUCACCUGGAUGGGCUGCAGAUACACGAAUUCAAGUCAGUUACUAAGGAAGUAUGCAAGCUGCCAUCUUUUUUUUCCACAUCUCUUUUCAGAAAGAUCGAUAAUGGAACUGGAGUUGUGACAAGGAAAGCAUUUAUUGAUUAUUGGGUCAAUGGCAACAUGUUGACAAAAGAUAUAGCAACCCAAAUAUUCACAAUUUUGAAGCAGCCACAGCUCAAGUACCUUACUCAGGAUGAUUUUAAACCUGUGCUACGUGAGCUUUUGGCUACUCAUCCAGGGCUGGAGUUCCUGCAGAGCACACCUGAAUUUCAAGAGAGAUAUGCUGAAACUGUCAUAUACAGAAUAUAUUACUACAUUAAUAGAUCAGGAAAUGGUCGUCUUACCCUGAGGGAGCUGAAGCGUGGAAACAUAAUUGAUGCGAUGCAGCAUGCUGAUGAAGAAGAGGACAUAAAUAAGGUUUUGAGGUACUUUUCGUACGAGCAUUUUUAUGUCAUAUACUGCAAGUUUUGGGAGCUGGAUUCAGAUCAUGAUUUCUUGAUAGAUAAAGAGAAUCUCAUCAGAUAUGGUAACCACGCGCUUACCUAUCGAAUUGUUGAUAGAAUAUUUUCUCAGGUUCCUAGAAGGUUUACCAGUAAGGUUGAGGGAAAAAUGGGUUAUGAAGAUUUUGUUUACUUCAUACUGUCAGAAGAGGAUAAAUCAUCUGAGCCAAGUCUCGAGUAUUGGUUCAAGUGCGUAGAUUUGGAUGGAAAUGGUGUGUUGACAAGGAAUGAACUGCAAUUCUUUUAUGAGGAGCAAUUGCAUCGAAUGGAGUGCAUGGCUCAAGAACCUGUGCUUUUUGAGGAUAUUCUGUGCCAGAUUAUUGACAUGAUUGGACCUGAGGAUGAGAGUUAUAUAACUAUCCGUGACUUGAAAGGUGGUAAACUCUCGGGAAGUGUUUUCAAUAUCCUGUUCAAUCUGAAUAAGUUCAUGGCCUUUGAAACUCGUGAUCCAUUUUUGAUUCGUCAGGAACGUGAGAAUCCUACGUUGACAGAGUGGGAUCGCUUUGCUCAUAGAGAAUAUAUUAGGCUUUCAAUGGAAGAAGAUGUAGAGGAUGCCUCUAACGGUAGUGCAGAAGUUUGGGACGAAUCACUUGAGGCUCCUUUCUGACUCCAUUUAUUGUAUGAAAAGAUAUUAACGCCCCAGAUCGGAUGGACUGGCCAUUAUUCAGAGACACGUGACUCAGGCUCAGCUUUGAACGCUAACUCGACCCCAGAAAGGGGGGAAUUCCAAGCUUAGCUAUGGAAUGUGUUUUCGAUGGGGGCAAGCAGCAACAACGAUAGACCUGCAAAUAUUGGGACCACUAUCAUGGAAGUUUUGUAGCUGGACCAAUGUCCAUGUAAAGUUGAGAACGUUUAUAGGAGGUGAUUAGCCAAGUUGAAUUAAAUUGACAUCAUUUUCAGACGCUUACCAUAAGUAGCGAGAUUUUCUGAUGGGUUUUUUUAGCGAUUUGAUUUACUGAUCGAGACACUUUUGCCUCGAAUCUGUCCAAGAGUACAUUCGUGAUUUCUUUCUCAUCUAUGGCCAGGCUGUUAUUUCUUUUACUGAAUUCCUUUUUCUUUUUACUUAGGCUAACUGAAGAACAUAAAUAAAAUGUAAUGCUACACACAUAAAAGGUCGCAUCUUUUCUGCUUUA